UAACAUACCAUGUGUGUGUGUGUAUAUGCAUGCAUCCACGCACACAAACACACACAUGGUAUGCAUGCAUCAUGAAUGAAUGAAUGAAUGAGUGAAAAAGAGAGGGGGGGGGGGGGUAAUGAGUAUGAGCUGGAUGACACGUGUCUCAGUAAGAGGGAUGAGCCCACUAUAGAGUUUAUAGAGCCGAGCACACAGUUAUCAGGCAGAACAACACUCAGACACUCAACGCAGUCCAACCUGAAGCACAAGGAACUCACUGCUGGACUUGUAUGACUACCGGUAAGCAGCAGAAGCCAGUGCUCACAGGCCAGAGGUUUAAGACCAGGAAAAGGGAUGAAAAAGAGAAGUUUGAGCCAACAGUUUUUCGAGACACGAUUGUUGCGGGCCUCAACGAAGCCGGUGGCGACUUGGAUGCUGUAGCCAAGUUUCUAGAUGUCACGGGGUCGCGACUGGACUACAGACGCUAUGCUGACACUCUGUUUGACAUCCUCAUCGCAGGAAGCAUGCUUGCUCCUGGUGGGACUCGUAUCGAUGAAGGAGACAAGAACAAGGUGACGGCAUUUUGCGUGUUCACCACUGAAGAAAGCCAUGCCUCACUACGCCUACAUGCUCAGGUUUUCAAUAAGCUCAUCAGAAGAUACAAAUAUCUGGAGAAGGCCUUUGAGGAUGAAAUCAAAAAGCUUCUGCUCUUCCUGAAGGGCUUCAGUGAGUCGGAACAGACCAAGCUAGCCAUGCUGACGGGCAUCCUGCUGGCCAACAGCACACUCCCAGCUGCCAUCAUCAACAGCCUGUACACCGAUAACGUGGUCAAAGAUGGGAUCUCUGCAGCCUUUGCUGUGAUAAUGUUCAAAGCAUGGAUUGCAGAGAAAGAUGCCAAUUCAGUGACCUCGUCUUUGAGGAAGGCAAACCUGGAUAAAAGACUUCUGGAGCUGUUUCCUGCUAACAAGCAGAAUGUGGAGCAUUUCUCUAAGUACUUCAAUGACGCCGGGCUCAAAGAGCUGUCUGACUUCCUGCGUCUGCAGCAGAGUCUGGGAACCCGCAAAGAGCUGCAGAAAGAACUGCAGGAGCGCCUGUCCCAGGAGUGCCCCAUCAGAGAGAUGGUGGUGUAUGUGAAGGAGGAGAUGAAGAGGAGCAAUCUGCAGGAGCAGGCUGUGAUUGGCCUGUUGUGGAUGUGCCUGAUGAACGCUGUGGAGUGGAACAAGAAGGAGGAGCUGGUCACAGAGCAGGCACUCAAACACCUCAAAUACUAUGCUCCUCUGCUGGCCGUGUUCAGCACUCAGGGUCAGUCUGAGCUGGUGCUACUGCUGAAGAUCCAGGAUUACUGCUACGACAACAUCCACUUCAUGAAGUCCUUCUCUAAGAUAGUGAUGCUCUUCUACAAAGCCGACGUCCUGAGUGAGGAGGCCAUCUUAAAGUGGUACAAAGACGCCCACGCCGCCAAAGGGAAGAGUGUCUUCCUGGAACAGAUGAAGAAGUUUGUUGAGUGGCUCCAGAAUGCUGAAGAAGAGUCCGAGUCCGAGGGGGAGGAGGCCUAGUUCCUGUAGUCUGCAUGUGGCCCUGAACGACAGCCAGCAGCUAGUUAACAUGUGUAGAGGAGGUGCUCCAACCGGCACCACCACAGACCCACUCCCCUCCUGUGGCAGCUCAACACCGUCAGAUAACCCCACGAGUCUCUGGACACUGGACCAGGAGUCUGUCCCACGGAUGGAGACGGCCUUACUGGUGUCCAUCCACCUCUGUACAGACUCCAUCUAUAUAUGACUCUGUCCAGGAAUAGAAACAUGUCCUCUGCAGUAGAUGUAGAUGUACGUAUGUGAGUUUUGAGUAACUUGGCUACGCUCUCAUGUUUUUAUGAAUAAACUGGUUUUAUAUAUAUG